AUGGAAAAACUUCACCUCCAGGACUUUGCAGCAUUCAACACAAAAUUCCAGGAGGUUGUGGAGCCAAGAGAGGAAGAUAAACACGAUUUCCAGCACCCAUCACCACAUCUCAAGGUUCCAGGACAAAAACUGGAGCAUUUCACACGUUUCCAGGCUCUAAAUCCAGACACACAAGACUUCCAGGACCUUCCAGCGGUGAGACUUGAAGAACACACCUCGUUCCAGCACGUUCCAGGACUGCAGCACCCAGAUCACUAUAUUCCAGGGCCGAAAGACGAGUAUCUCUCCAACAAGGUCAUGGAGAGAGACUUCCAGCACAGUAGAUUCCAGGCUCCAGGAAUACAUAAGGCAGAGUUCUCGUGUUUCCAGUCCCUUGAGGCUUUCCAGGAUCCAGACGAAGAAGAAAGACGGUCACAAGAGGAGGAGGAGGAGCGGAAACAGUGGAGAGAAGAGGAAGAGAAGAGGAAAAAUUGGAGAGAAGAGAGGAAGGAAGAGGAAAGACAACAGAUAUAUUUCCAGGGACAAGAAGAAGAGGAGGAGAGGAGGAAGGACUGGAGAGAAAAGGAGAGGAGAUUAGCACAGCCUCUCUACAACAACAACAACAACAACAACAACAACAAGAGGAGGAAUAAGAGCUCUGGCAAGGACAAACUUCACCAAACUUCAAUUAUUGAUUUCGCAAGGCCUGACAAGAGGAAGCGCUUUAUAAGACUCCACAAGGCGCCACGCAGCCACCCACUCACCGCCCACGUGUGACCCAGGGGACCCAGUACUGGCAGGCGUGUGUCCCUCAGCCAACCUCCACAACGCACGCUGGAGGAGAACAAUGACAGGAUACCGUGAGUGUGUGGAUGCGUGUACUGACAAGGAAGGUAAAGAGGAGGUGGUGGUGGUGGUGGUGGU